AUGAUACGUUCUAGUUGGAUAAAUGGCUUGCUUGGUGGUCUUCUAAUAUCAUCAUGUUGUGUAAUUCAAUUAUUUCUAAAUCUAUUUGGUAUUGGUUGUGCUGGACUGAAUACUCUAUUAUUGCCUUAUCGACCAUUGUUUAUUUCAUUGACAGUUAUUUCGUUAACUUAUUCUUUUUUUCAUUAUCGUCCGUCGAAAUUACAUUUCACUAUUGUAAUUAUCUUUACAUUGAUUCUUUCAUUUUCACCUGAACUCCUUCAAAUGUAUAAUAAUCAAUUUGCAAGAAAUGAUUUUGCCGAUAAUGAAAUCUUUAUUACACAUUGGAAAAUAAUAGGAAUGCAUUGUGAAGCUUGUCGUGCAGCUGUUAUACAAUCAUUAAGAAAACUUCACGGAAUUCUCAGUGUUAACGUUGAUCUUGAAACUGGUCAUGCUGAAUUAACCGCAAGUCAUUUUAUACAGACAGACACUGUUAUUCAAGCUGUACAAUCAGCUGGUUUUCAAGCUAAUAAACUUGUUUGA